AUGAAUACCGAAAGUAAUCAAGAGGAGUUUAUUCAACAAAAUCCACUUCAGUCUACAGGUAUAGAUAAUAUAAAUGUAGGAGUAAACAACAACUUAUCAACUUCCUCCUCAUCAUCAUUUAUAAAGAAUUUAGUUAAUCAAGGAACCAAUUUACUCUUUUCUUCAUCAUCAUCAAUUUCAUCUCCACCUACAGCAUCACAACCAACCACUACAGGUAUUAAUGGGGCAUUUACCUUUGAAAAUGAUAUGAGUGAUGGCUUUGAAAUUCUUUGUAAAAAAACAGAAAUCGGCAUCGAACAGUGUAAAGAUUUAUUGGAUUUCUUCAAGAAAAGAGCAUCAAUUGAAGAAAAAUAUUCAAAAAAUGUUGCAGAAUAUUUUUCUAAAUUCAAAUUAAAAGAUGAAAACGAUUCAUUCCAAAAAGGGGUUUCAGUUUUACAUAAAAUAGGGGAAUCAGAAUCAACCAUCCAUCAAACAUUUUCAAAAAAUUUAUUAAAUAAUCUAUGUCAUCCUUUUAAUACUUUAAUUAAAGAUAUGGAGCAAAAAAGAAAAAAUUUAGUUAACGAUGGUCAAAAAUUAAGAAAUGAAUUAAAAGAAUCAGUUGAAUUAUUAAAGAAGGCACACUUAAAAUAUGAAAAGCAAUGUAAAGAAAUGGAAUUAGCAAAAUUAGAAUUGAUUGAAAGAGAUAUACCAGACAGUGUCAAAGUACAAGCAUUGGAAAGAAAAUUAGCAAAGUGUGAAUCCAAUUCAAUUUUAGCAGAGGAAGAAUACAAAAAUCAAUUAAAAGAAACCAACGAGUUUAUAACUGGUCCAUAUCAAACAAGAUUAAGUGAAAAUUUAAAAGAGUUUGAACAAUUUGAAUCAAUGAGAUUACAAUUCUUAAAGAGUAAUGUUAAAAACUAUGUUGGCUUAAUGAUGGAAAUUCCACUCAAUUUAGAAUGUGAAAUUAAUGGUGCAAACACUAGUGUAGAUUUCAUCGAUCCAGAUAGUGACAUUCAAAACUUUAUCAAAAAUAAUUGUUCACCAAAAAAAGUAUUUACUCCUUUCCAAUUUGAAACCUAUGUAGAGGGUAAGAAACAGCCAACAACAUUAAACUAUGCAGUCUCUGAACCAACAGUAGCCUCAGAAUCAACAACAACAGCCCCCACCAAUUCAAUUACACCAUCUACAGUUGCCGCUCAACCACCAUCUACCGCCCCUGAUAGAGAUUUAACCAGUGUCAACCUAUCAUCAAGCCCACCACCACCAAAACAAUCUUUAAAAGAAAAUAUUUUCGGUUUCUUUAAUAAAGCUUCAAAUAAUUUAAAAUCCUCAACUACCAGUUUAUUAAAUAAAGAUGACGGUGCAUCGAACCUCUCUAAAUCAUCAUCAUCAAUUGUUGGCAUCCCAACCAAUAACCCAAAUUCUAUUUUUGGUAUCGAGCUAGAAGAGUUAAUGGAUAGACAAAGAGAUGAAUAUCAGUCUAUUGAAGUACCAAUUAUUUUAAUGCAAUUUGUCCAAUCAUUAUUAAAACUUAAUGCAUUAGAAAAAGAAAACAUUUUUUCAGCUGUACCAAGUUGUAAUAUUCAACAUGAAAAACAAAAAUUAGAUCUUGGUGGUAGUGUUGAUAAUAUAAAUGAUGUUUAUAUUGUUGCAACAUUAUUUAAGCAUUGGUUAAGAGACUUACCAAAUCCAUUAAUUUCUUAUGCAAUUUAUGAUGAAAUUAUAGAAUCUCCCGAAAACAGUUGGAAGAUUAUAGAAAGUGGUAUACCAGUACUUCAUAGAAAGACAUUACACUAUAUCAUUGAUUUCUUAGCAGAAUUUACAGAACCAGAGUUUGUUAAAUCAUCUAAAAUGGACACCCAUAGCAUUGCAGUUAUUCUAGCACCAGUUUUAAUUAGAUCACCAGGAACUAAGGAUUCUCCAGCAAAUGCUUUACAAAAUUCAAAGAGAGAGGUUGGUGUUAUCGAAAGUAUGAUUGUGGAUUGUUUUGAAAAAAGAAAAACAAAUAACUAUUUUUUAAAGAAAAAACUUCCAAUUAUUCAAGAUAGUGAUGGAGAUGAUAGUAACAAUAAUAGUAUGGAAGAGGAUGAUAAUCAGAAUGAAUAUAUUGAUAAACAACAAUUUCAGCAACAAGAAAAAAAUAUUAUUAAUUCCAGUAGUGGAAGUAAUAAUAGUAGUGGAAGUGGAAGUAUUGGAUCACAUCAUCAUUAUCAAUAUCAAACAACUCCUACAAACAAUGUAACACCUGUUCUUUCUUCUGCUUCAGAUUUUGACGAAAUUUCAAUUUCCAAAACAAACCCACCAAGAAAUUCAAGCAUACUAUCCUUUGGUAAUAGUGAUACUUUUUCAACAAAUCAAUCAGAUUCAGAACAAAACUUGGUCGAUGAAGAUUUUGACAUUUUAUCCUAUAAAUAA